AGCGCCACUCCAGUGCGGUGCAAGCUGUAAAUCCGAACGGAGCCACGGGGAAAGCCGCUUGGGAGCAAGCCAAAAAUUACAACUGAAAGAAGAAACCCAACCCUGCUUCGAUUACGCACCGAGAGAGGGAGCACGCUGAAUGUGUCAGCCUGUAGUCAGGGGCACUUCAACAACUCGUCUGUGACCGUGUACGCUACUUUAUCCGUUUUCUGGUGUGUGUGAACCCUCAAAGGAUGUAGACGUCGGCCUGCUACACUUCGCAUAGGCAUGCUCGUGUUUCAUAGGCAAUGCCUUCCCUACGUGUUCUGUGGCGCAAACUACGAAAGCCAUGCUCGUAUCUCAGUGAUCCGUCCUCUUGCUUAGGUAUACGCGUGCUAAUAGUUUAAAAUGCCUAGGUUUUGAUUGAAACGUUUUUGCACGAACAGAAAAUAGCAAAUUCGGCUGGGAGGAGCAACUCUAUCUACACUUCGGCUUCCACGGCAAUAUCAUAGUGGGAUUUUUUUUGAUGGAGCUGGAGAAUAUUGUUGCAAACACGGUACUCCUGAAGGCCAGAGAGGGGGGAGGAGGAAAACGAAAAGGAAGGAGUAAAAAAUGGAGGGAGAUCCUUCGCUUCCCUCAUAUCAGUCAGUGCACAGAAUUGAGCAAAACUAUCGAGCGGGAUUACUUCAGCCUGUGUGAGAAGCAGCCCAUUGGGAGUCUCCUGUUCCGCCUCUACUGUGAGACCAGACCAGAGCUGCAGCGAUGCAUACAACUUCUAGACGCCAUGGAGGACUACGAGGUGAUGCCUGAUGAAAAGAGAAAAAGUCGAGGAGAUGAGAUCGUCAAGAAGUUUCUCACCAAGCAGUCCCCUGAGUGUGUAGAUGUAGCCGAGGGUCUUGCUGAGAGCUGCAGGGAGAAUCUCGAACUGAGCCCCUGCAAAGAGAUCUUCAGUGACUGUCGCAAAGCUCUUCAUGACUACUUGAGUGGUGCACCCUUCGUUGACUAUCAGAAUAGCAUGUAUUUUGACCGCUUCCUCCAAUGGAAGAUGCUAGAAAGACAGCCCAUCACAAAAGACACAUUUCGCCAGUAUAGAGUUCUGGGGAAAGGAGGCUUUGGGGAGGUGUGUGCAUGCCAAGUGAGAGCCACAGGUAAAAUGUAUGCCUGUAAAAAGCUGGAGAAGAAAAGGAUAAAGAAAAGAAAGGGAGAGGCAAUGGCUCUCAAUGAGAAACAGAUUCUUGAGAAGGUCAACAGCAGGUUUGUGGUGAGUUUAGCAUAUGCCUAUGAAACCAAAGAUGCCCUGUGUCUGGUGCUGACCAUAAUGAAUGGUGGAGAUCUGAAAUUUCACAUCUAUAACAUGGGAACUCCAGGCUUUGAGAAGGACCGUGUGCAGUUCUACGCCGCUGGGAUCUGCUGUGGUCUAGAACAUCUGCAUAGAGAGUCUAUCGUCUACAGGGAUUUAAAACCAGAGAAUAUACUCCUAGAUGACAACGGUCAUAUCCGGAUCUCAGACCUGGGACUGGCCAUUAAAGUGCCUAAUGGAGAGCAGAUCCGGGGCCGGGUGGGGACAGUGGGUUACAUGGCUCCAGAGGUAAUCAAUAACGAGCGGUAUAGCAUGAGUCCGGACUGGUGGGGGCUGGGUUGUCUGAUCUACGAAAUGACCGCUGGGCGAUCGCCUUUCCGUGCUCGCAAAGAGCGAGUGAAGAGGGAGGAGGUGGAGAAGAGAGUGCAGGAGGAAGAAGAAGAGUACAGCGACAAGUUUUCAGAAGACACCAAAGCCAUCUGCAGGAUGCUGUUAGCCAAAGAUCCCAAGCAGAGGCUUGGCUGCCACGCAGAAGGAGGUGCCGGAGUCAAAGCCCACCCCUUCUUCAAGAACAUCAACUUCAAGAGAUUAGAGGCCGGCAUUCUGGACCCUUCCUUUGUGCCUGAUCCCAGGGCGGUCUACUGUAAAGAUGUUCUGGACAUUGAGCAGUUCUCCACAGUUAAGGGUGUCAACCUGGACCAAACAGACAAUGAUUUCUACUCCAAGUUUGCCACUGGCUGUGUCUCAAUCCCAUGGCAGAACGAGAUGAUCGAGACAGAGUGCUUCAGCGACCUUAACGUAUUUGGGCCUCAGGGGUCGCGACCCCCUGACCUGGACUGGAACCAGCCUCCCGAACCACCCCGCCGAAGCCUGCUGGACAGGAUCUUUAGGAGACAUGUGAGGAUCACCUCCACCUCCACCACAGAGGAACACCCCAGAGAACACGAUAGUUAACUACAGACCAGCAUCCAGAGGUGACCAUUGCUCACAGCCAGGUCUCGUCUUCCAGCAUCAACUCUGUUGACUCCAUGUCAAACUCUGCCCCCUAGUGGACAGAGAGCUGCGAGACUACAGGGAACACAAACAAGUGAGCGAUGAAGAGAAAGAGAGGAAACAAAUUAGAGUGAGGAACUUCUGCCCUUUAAAAGCUGCUCUUCAGAGUGUGGAAUUGUCUGCUUUCCUCGCCUCUGUCCACACAUACCAUCCACUUCCUGCAGAGAGGACAGGAGACCAAACAAACUCCUUUGAAGAGACGAAAAGACCUUUAUUUAUCCGUUUUGUGACCGAAAAGAGGACUUGUAUUCCUUCACCUCAUGCUCCCUCAGGAUUGCUGGACCAGUAAAGAGCCACUGACAAUGACAGAAUAUGAACUCAUAUUAUUCAGGGGAUUUUAUCAACAAUGAAGAGGCCUCAACAGGGAACGGGAAUGGGGCUUUUUAAAUUUAGUUUGUUUUGCGAAGGAAAGAUAAUAUAGUGAACUUCAGACACUCUUUACACACACACACACACACACUCUCUCUUUUUCCUUCAUCCCUGUCUUAAUAUCAUUUAUUCUUUCCAUCUACACAUAACACUUUUAACCUCAACCCAAAAUGUGCAUUGUCUUGCAUACUCUCAGGCCAAAGAUAGAGCUUAUUACAGGAAGACAUGUAUUUAAAUUACCUUUGCCAUAUUUUGUUCCAGAGAGCGACAUAAGGCCUAAAAGCACAAGAAGAAUCUGAGUUUGGUUAAGCUGGUUGUCUUUCCCCCCAUUGCAUGUGCAUAGAAUGUGAAAUAACUCAAAAAAACAAACUGUAUUUGGCAGCUUCGGCCUCCUCCAAUCCACAGAGUCGCACAAUGGACGUUGCACCCUUAAAGGAAUAUUCUGUGUUAAAAACUUGUAAGUUAAAGAGAUAGUUCAACUAAAAAUGAAAAUUCUCUCACCAUUUACUCACCCUCAUGAUAUCCCAUGUGUGUAUGAAUUUCUUUCUUCACCAGAACACAUUUGAUGAAA